CUUCUCGCUGUAGAGAGAGAGAGAGAGAGAGAGCAAUGACCACAAUGGAGAUGAUGGAGAGAGACGCGAUGAAGACGGUGGCUCCUUACGCUCCGGUGACUUAUCACCGCCGUGUUCGUGGUGACUUGGAUGACAAACUUCCUAAACCUUAUUUGCCGAGAGCACUACAAGCACCAGACAUGGAGCGCCCUCAAGGAACACCAGAGCAUAGGCAUAAUGGCCUUAGUGUUCUUCAACAACAUGUCGCUUUCUUUGAUUUAGAUAAUGAUGGCAUCAUUUAUCCCUCCGAAACUUUCUCUGGAUUACGGUUACUCGGUUUCAAUAUACUUGCGUCGCUUAUCUUGGCUACUGGUAUCCACAUAGCUCUUAGCUAUGCUACUCUCCCGGGGUGGUUACCAUCUCCGUUCUUCCCUAUAUAUAUACACAACAUCCACAGGGCAAAGCAUGGAAGCGAUUCUAAAACAUACGACAAUGAAGGAAGGUAUACACCAGCGAAUUUUGAGUUGAUGUUUAGCAAAUACGCGAGGACCGUGCCAGACAAGUUGAGUCUUGAAGAACUAUGGGACAUGACCCAAGGAAACCGCGAUGCCUUUGACUUUUUCGGCUGGUUAGCGAGCAAGGGGGAAUGGGGAUUGUUGUAUGUGUUAGCGAGUGAUGAAGAAGGAUUCUUAUCAAAAGAAGCGAUAAGAAGGUGUUUUGAUGGGAGUUUGUUUGUUUACUGCGCCAGGAACUAUACCGAGAUCAAUGACUACAUGGCUUACUACUGAUCAUCACCAUUGGAUGAUGAUGAUGAGCUUGGUAGUCGAAGUAACACGCUCAUGUAGUAGCUCUUUGUAAUACUAGUUAUAUAUAUUAUGAAGCAAAAAGGUUGGUAUAUAGGGCGUAUGUUUUGUAUAGAGCUCUAUAUAUAUAUAUAUAUGUAUUUUAUAUAUGUUGGUAAUGUUUGUGAAAUUAUGCAUUUUUUUCUAACUCUUGAUAGUGAAUAUGCAUUGAUAAAAGGGC